UUUAACUUUUGAGGUUCACCCGGAAGUCAAUUAAAAGUUGCAGUUCAUCUCCCGCUCGCCGUCUUGUUACCAUAGUGAUGGACAGAAGCAAAUGGGAGAAGAUAAUCACACAAUUUCAGGCAUGUGCACGUGGACAUUUGGUGAGGAGCGAAAUCCAUUGUGCACGAGAAGAUUUUGCAGAGAUCGUGAAAGAGAUUGACGGGGGCUUGUCCCAUUUAAAGUGGGUGGAAGCGGUCAUCUCCACCCCCCACUUCACAGACACUGGCGGGCCAUAUCUACAACCUUCAGAUCCAGGACUAGAUGUCAGUGCCAGGUCCCAGUACCCAGCAUCCUUAUUACAGGAGAGAGAUCACUGUGUCUUGCCAGAAAAGACAGAAGCAGAGAGAGAUGAUUUACCUAGCAGUCCUGUUGGAGGGGAUGAAGAGCGGCAGAGACAGAGCUCAGUGGGGAAUAAAGAUGGAGGGGUGAUGGAGAGCACAGGGGAAUCCUCCACCAUAUGGAGCAGUUUGGAGCUAAAUGCUUACAAAGUCCCUCCCUCAGGUCCUCAGCGGUACUGCUUGGCUCAGGAGGUGCCCCGUACCCCACAGGCUCUGCAUCUCCAUAGAAACAGCCUGACCAUGGAGCUGCUCUGGCUGCAGCAAGCCAUUGACAGCAGGAAAAAGUACUUGUCACUGAAGGACCGACUGACUGUAUUCUGACAGCAUAAAUAACAUAAACAAGACCUAAUAAUGUGGCUCAUCAACUGAACUCACUCACACAAUAUAUGAUUAAGAUAUGAAAUUAAAACAUAUAUUUAUGAUGCGAUUGGCAGAAUAUAUGGAGUUAACGACCCUGUAAAUUGUGUAUAUUUUUGUAAACAAUGAAUAAAUGUUAUUUUUCUACAAUA